AUGGCGACUCCUUUUCAAGGUCUCUCUGGCAUAUCUACCCCUCAACCAAGGUCAUCCCAAAGCUCACCACUUCCUCCGAACGAACAUGGACUGGGUUGGCCGGCCAAAUCUACAGUCUCUCGGCUCAAUGCCACACCCGAAGAGCGAGCUGAGCGCGAAAAGAAGAUUGCUACAGCAGUCAGGACAAUACUUGAAUGCAUCGGCGAAGAUCCAGACAGAGAGGGCUUGCAACGAACCCCAGAGCGCUAUGCCCAAGCUGUCAUGUGGAUGACAAAAGGCUACGAAGAGCGUCUCACAGACGUGUUAAAUAACGCUGUCUUUGCCGAGGACCACGACGAAAUGGUUCUUGUUCGUGAUAUUGACAUCUCCAGUCUUUGCGAGCACCACCUCGUCCCAUUCACCGGAAAGAUUGCCAUCGCCUAUAUACCCGGUCAUAAUCAGCUUGUCUUGGGGCUGUCGAAACUUGCUCGUAUUGCCGAGACAUUCAGUCGCCGACUUCAGGUACAAGAACGACUCACCAAACAAAUUGCCAUAGCGGUUCAAGAAGCCAUUCAGCCGCGUGGUGUGGCGGUGGUAAUGGAGGCGACCCAUCUUUGCAUGACGAUGCGAGGCGUGCAAAAGCCGGGCUCUAUCACAGUCACCUCUUGUAUGCUGGGCUGCUUUAGAACACAGCAAAAGACUCGCGAAGAAUUCCUGACUCUAGUUAAAGGGCGCUGA